CUUUCAGUGCACAUUAAUAUCCACUUCUGCUCCAGCUGAACUGAGUUAUAAAGUAUCGUAUAAAGCUAAGAAAAGUGACCUAACAUUUUCGUUAAAGACAUAUUCUCUUGGAAAAAUGGCACCCAAUACCCUUGUAGUAAUAUUUUUCUCCUUAUCAAGUUUAUGUCUGGCCGGAGAUAUUAUUUUAGAUUCCAACAAAGACGCCUGUAGGGUAAACUUAUCUUGUGCGACAUGCAUCACAAAGAAAUCGUGCACCUGGUGUGUGACAAAAAGUCGAUGUACCCAGCAAGCUUGUGGCAACGACAAUGUAAUUUAUCCGAGCGACGUCCCAGCUCUCAUGUCUGGCCCGGAUUUUUGCCCCAGAGUUGAUGAAUCAAAGCCAGUCACUAUCAAAAGCGGGACAAAGGAAAUAUUAGCUGUGAAAAUUACACAGAUUUAUCUGUAUAUGGCGUUUACACCUUGGAAAUGCAAAAUUACUUUGAGGGGUAAAGAGAAAAUUGUGCCCGCGGUGCUCAUUGGGGAUAAAGUAUAUUGCGAAGUAAUGGAGUUCACAAACGACACAGAAGAUCCUUCGAUUGAAGGCAGUGUUGCAGUCUUGUGGGAUUACAAUAAAUCUUUUGACGGUUCACUACCGUUUAAAGUAUGUAGAUGCGAUUUAGAUCCAGCCUGUAAGGCCUGUAAGCUUUAAGAUUGUAAGUUAAUUAUUGGUUAAUAAAUUUUAAACUUUAA